GCUCAGCGGGACCCAGCACCUCAGCCACAACACCGGUCGGCUUUUCAAGUACGGGAACAGGAAAGCUGGAAUUAACUUCUUCUUCCACGACAGCGUCUGUCAUAUCAUCUGCACCCUCCGGCACCAUGGCAUCCUCCAGCUCUGAAGCGGUGCCUCAGCUGACCACCACAGAGCACGUUACUUCAGAAACAUCUCCAGUCGUCUCUCGGACAAAUGUAUUCUCCAGGACAACCCACAUUGCUGACAACAGCUCCGAAGCAGCAGUAGCAACAGAGAGCCCACAUCCCACUCGGUCUGCUGGCCUGGCUUCCAGUGCCUCCGUUACGGCUUCAUCCAGUACUUCUUUGAAAAGCACUCAGACCUCUUCUACAUCCUCUUCACAUAUUAUUAUUAAUGCUUCUCUCACACAAAGUACAGUAGUUUACAGAACCUUGGCCCGAACAUCUCUAAGUGUCUUUUCAGUUACAACCCACAAGCCAGAGGUAUUCUCUUCUGUGAAAACACCCCACCCAGUACCCUCUACCAAAAUGCCUGAAGAAUGCUCUGUGGAUGCUUUCUACAUUCAACUUCAAAAAGUAACAAGCCAAGUGAUACAAUUCCACUGGUUUCUUCAGAGUGUGAGAAGGGAUAGCCCUUAUACUGUGUCUCUCAUGGCAGAUAACACAGUUAUAAAUAAAACAGUCACAGAUGACACCAGGAUGAUAUUUGAAAACCUUUCUCCGGGUGAUUUGUAUACAGUUACUGUGGAGGUGUGGAGUUGCAGUAAGAAUUUCAGUUCCUCUGUGAUGGUUCGGACAGAAGCCACAGCCUAUCGUGGAACAGCCAGGAUUACAAAUAAGAAUUACAUACCUCAGUUCAGCAACACAUCAAGUACUGAGUUUCAGGAGCUUCGAAAAAAUAUCACCGAAGAGAUAAGAAACAACUUGCCGCCUUCGUUGAGAGCAUUAGUAGAUUCUGGGAAAAUGCGUAUAACAAUAACUGAGAUUAGAAACGGCAGUGUGAUUGUGACCUUCAUCAUCGAAAUGGUUCCAGAUAGAAAUGUAACACACAAUGAGGUUGAACGGGCUGUAAUCGAAGCCUUAAACAAAAGCAGGCAUCUGGAUGUAGACCUCACUCGGACUUCCAUAGAAGUAAUCCCUGCCUGUCAGCCGGAAAACAAUGGCUGUUCUGAAUUUGCCUACUGCAUCCCCCAAAGCACAACUUAUUCAUGCGAAUGUAAGCCAGGAUUUUUGGACCUGAGUCCCCAGGUGCCAGGAAGACAAUGCAAAGAUAUAAAUGAAUGCAAGGAAAAUAACACCUGUUCCAAGUUGGCUGUGUGUGAGAACACUAUUGGCAGCUAUAAAUGUCAAUGUUAUCCAGGCAUAAUGGAUCUGAAUACAAGUAAUCCUGGAAUAGAGUGUCAAGACCCCAUCUUGUGUCUGAACACGCCUGAUAUUUGCUUGCAAUCCACUGUGUGUCUUUCCUUACAACAUGACAUCUGUUCAGGCAAACAAUCAUUUGCUUGCAGAAUUUUAUUCAAAAACCAGAUUUUUACACCUGACCUUUAUAAUCCAGGAAGUGAGAUCUAUAAGAAUAUGUCUAACAAAAUCAGAACAACGAUUUCUAAAGGAAUGAUAAUGAAGCUCGGAGACGACAACUUUAAUAUCGAAAUGGUGGGAUACCAAGCUGGAAGUGUGGAUGCAUAUUUUGCAUUUCUCCUGCAUGGACAACAGUGGAUUGGAACAAAAUUUUUUACAGAUUAUUUAACAGAAGUAGUAACAAAAAUGCUUGAUAACGAGACUGCUGUAACUGUCAAAGCAAUUGCCACAUCCCAGCAAGUGGAAGAUCUGAAGCCAACGGAAGACAUUUCAGCCUGGAAAACAGGAGUCAUUGUCCUUGCAGUGCUUUUUAGCAUUGCGUUGAUAUCUAUUGUGCUGAUGGUUGCAGUAUGGCUUUAUAUGAAGAAAAAAACGGGCAAAUAUAUUAUCGAACCUCAAGGACCCAUGGGGAAGUUUGCUUUUCAGAACUUGUGAGUGUCUCAGUUGCCUCCCAACUGUGGCAUAUUUUAACUCUGAAGUUUGCAUUGUUGUUAGAAAACAAACUAACCAGAACAAAAGAUGAAUGCCAGUAGAAUCUGAGUCUGAGUAGAACUUAGAACGGAUGUGACUUAGUGGAAUUCCCCUGUUUGUUCAAGGGAAUAGGGCAAGAUCUGAAGAAACAGAACUCAGCGUUGCAUCAAAGGGACACUUCAUCAGGACUAGAAAUCUCAAUGGGAACUUCAAGAUAAAAGAUAUUGGAUAUUUUCAAGCAUUUCACAUUUUCAGACUCGGUUUACUUUUGCAUUCAACUGAAUCUUCGGGAAAUGGUUUUGGACUCCAGACAGCCCAGAAUGCCUUUCAGAGUCCCCCCCCCCCACACACAGUGAUUGCAUUGAAGAAUUUGCCAUAUACUUUCCUUUCUUCUUUUUAGUUCUGCAAAGCAGGAGCAAUUCUAUUGUGACAUGUUGGUGCAAAACCUUGCCAUUGUAAACCAAACUUUAAGCAUAAAGAAAAGUGCUUUUGAUUCAUAUUCUAUAGGACUAUGCUGUGAUUGCUUCUGUGAAAAAUCUAUGGACCCACACCCCAUAUUUGCUGGAAAAUCAUGUCAUCCUUAUGCUCAGCAGUGGGUUGCAUGCAUACCUUGCAUGUGAAGGUUUUUCCAGACUGUCACUGUUUUCAGGUGGCGUUCAGUCACACACUGGCAAAUUCGAAUUGCACAUUAUAAUUCAUUGGGAUGCCUUGCUCAACAAACUUGCUUCCCCCAAAGACUGGAAAGUGACAGGAAAAUGCACUGUAGGCCAGUAGUCUUCAACUGGCGGGUCAGGAGCCACCAAUGAGGCAUGGCCUGAUCAAAGGUGGGUUGCAAGAGGAGCACUACUGCCAUGCAAAUAUAUGGUAAAAUAUUAAGAAAUAGGUCUGUAGAUGCAUGUUGGGGUUAAAAGUGAAACUUGGGUCUGAAAAGGUUGAAGAUAGCCAACUCAAACAGAUCAGAAUGAAUGCUCAUUAAAUAGCUGGCAUAACCUAGCCUCCCCUACAAUCAGGAUGAAUUCCCUUCUAGGACUGUUGGUAAAUAAUAAUAAUAAUAAUAAUAAUAAUAAUAAUAAUAAUAAUAAUAAUAAUAAUAUAUUAUUAUUUAUACCCCGACCAUCUGGCUGGGUUUCCCCAGCCACUCUUCCAACAGAAAAAUGAAAUAAAAUAAUCUAUUAAACAUUAAAAGCCUCCCUAAACAGAGCUGCCUUCAGAUGUCUUCUAAAAAUCUGGUAGCUGUUUUUCUCUUUGACAUCUGAUGGGAGGGCGUUCCACAGGGCGGGCGCCACUACCGAGAAGGCCCUCUGCCUGGUUCCCUGUAACUUGGCUUCUCGCAAUGAGGGAACCGCCAGAAGGCCCUCGGUGCUGGACCUCAGUGUCUGGGCAGAACGAUGGGGGUAGAGACGCUCCUUCAGGUAUACUGGACCGAGGCUGUCAGUUUGGGCAGGAUUGAUCAGAUGGAAGGGUAUGGCUGGGCUCACCCACUGUGUGUGAGAGAAUGUGCCAACUCAGUUCCCCUACCUGCAAAACAGGGCAGUCAGAGUGGGCAGCUCCAGCUAUCAGCUUGAUGAGUGCUUGCAUGGCUCCAGCCCAGCAGAGGGGCACUAGGAGUGAUGGAUGUGGGCAUUUCCAUCUCAUACGGCAUCCUUUGUCACGCAUGAACCCCAAUCAGGAAUAAAUUGCCAACAUCUCCAUGGAAGCCUGUGCAGCUAAUGGAACUUGAAAAUAGGUAAGCAAUACUCCCGAUCUUCAAAUAAACUUAUUUAUUCCACAAUAAAUGGAAUUAGCACGGGCAAACAGGCAAUAUUAAUAUGCCUGCAUUAUUUUUAGGCAGUGCGCAAGCUGUGAAAGAUACAUUUUUAAUCAUUCGAACUCUUGAACAUGGUUAAAUUAGCUCAGCAAACACAGACUUGAUUAUUGCACACUGCAUAUGAAGAUUAAUAGUAAUUUAUAUGGAGGCUGCUUUUUAAUGGGAUUAGAAAACAGAUUGAAGUAAAAUAAGCAAUGUGCUGCUAUAUAUGCUGCAUCAGACUUGAAUUUUUACAAUAAUAUUUAUUUUGAGCCUACCUGAGACACAUUUCUUUUACAUGUUCCUCAAAAAAAAAAAGUUUAGUAAAUAUAGACUUGCUUGAAACCCGCGUAUUGAACAUGGAGAUUAAAAUAUACGGUAAUGUUAAUAGUAAUGUCAAUGCCUGUUGCUUGUUAGUGUUCUUUGAAACCAGACUGAGAUUAAAUUAAGCAAAAUACCCUAUUUUAUUAUAUACCAGACUUGAAUUUGUAUAGUAAUAUUUAUUUUAAUGCUACUAGAGACGUAUUUCUUUUCAUGAAACUGUG